AUGCCGCUGUCUGGUUCCCCAAAGCAUCUAAAACCUCUGCGCAUCAGACUCCUCCCAGACCAGACUGUCUUUACGUGUGUGGUGUGGCUCAUGCGGUCAGUGCAAGACCAGGGCAGUUGUGUUCUUCCUCAUUUUGUGCUCCGCUCUGCCCUCUACCUGCUGUCAGUGACACAGGACAAAAGCCCCAACCUCGAUAAGGCUCAGUUGAGGAGCAUCAGUACGGCACUGUCCCUCUGCCCAACACUGUCUUCUGUGUACGUGCACCACCCACCUCUCCUGCACUUCAUCUGCCGCUACUCCGAGUUAGCAGAGAGGUACCUAGCACCGGCCUUAGAACUGUGGCUAACCCAGAAACUCCCACAUUCAGCUUUAACUCUGGAAACCAGCAAAGAAGAACAACACACUGAAGAGAAAAAUGAAAUAUCAGAGCUCCAAACGCUGAUAGAAAAGUAUCCCGCUGUCGCCGCAACCCUCCUGGAGCUGGUGUGGAGCUCGGACAGCGCUCUGGCACAGAGAGCUCUGAGCGUGUUGGAAGUCUUCUUGAGCGGCCAAGCCCGAUGUAAAGCAGAACUGUGCUCACAUUUAGCACCCACUUUGCUCCAAGCUUUGCAGAAGAUCAGUAUUGAGGAGGUGGGAAACAGGCUUGUAAAGGGAAACGUCACACUUGUCAAAUCCCUCCCGAUGGUGCUGAGGCUGCUGUGUCUGAUCCAAGCCAGUGAGCCAUCGUCCUCUGCGACUGAGAUAGAUGGUGGGAGGUUCAAGAUGCUUUACCACGUUUGUAAUUUAACAGGAAAACUUAAAGCUGAGAAUUGGGAGAGUUUGCUUCAUGCCUUCAGCUACAUGCACAGCUACCUCAGUCAGUCUGCGGCUUCCAGUGUAGACAGAGCUGUCUCCAUGCUGCUCUCUAACACUGCAUUGAUGGAGCUUUUACAGAGCAUCGUCUACUGUCCUUCGUCACCCUCAUCCUCAGCAGCUCUUCUGUGCCACAGCCACCACCUCCUGUCCUCUCUCAUUAUGUUGCAGAAGGUUCAUUCGGCAAAGGUCCAUAAAAGCAUCAGUUGGAGUCUGGACAAAGCCAUUCAACUGCUCAUUUUUCAUAAAAGGAACACCGACAGUUUCUUGCUGGUGAGUUACCUGAGGCUGCUGCAAGCUCUUCUUGAUGUGGACUUUGCAUCACCGGUGCUGUGUGUAGGCACUGCUCCCUGCAUAGGAGGCUCCAGGCCGCUGGGGGUUGAGGACGGAAUGUUGUACCCACUCGGGUCAAAAGGAGCCCAGUUCCUCUCUAUUGCUCUCAAUGAACUACUUUUGCAGAAGUAUGAGGUGUUGCUGGGAGCCUCAGUAGACUGCCUGAACUCUCUCCUGGGUUUCCUAACGAGAAAGAGCCCGGCUACAGCACUAUAUAUUGUGUGUCAGCCCUGGUUUCGAUUCCUGCUCUUCUGUUUGGUUGAGUCUGGAGAAAGUAUCCUCCUACAUCCUGCCACUCUUCGGCUGUUCACACUGCUGCUGAGGCACAACAGCACAGCAGUGUUGUGGGAGCCGGACCUGCUCAAACUGAUGGAGGUCUUGGAGAAAACAGGAAUGAAGGAGCUCAGCCCGGAAGCAGCAGAAGCCCUACGCCAGCUUCUCACACAGAUUCAGCUCAGCACAUUGCGCCCGCCUCUCACAGAUCGAGAUGAGCAGCGAGUCAGAAGCCUCCUGGAGUCCCUCAACCCACAGACAACAAACAUCUAG